AAAAAAUAUUCAUGUUUUUGCGGAUGGAUUGGACACUUUUCCGCUGUCCAAUAUUUUAUUUAGUUUUAUUGUAAAAAUGGAUUAAAGCCAUUGACGCCGUAAAUAACUUCGUCGCUGAGCGUUCCAGUUGUGCUCAUUAAAAUAAUUUAUGAAGUUUUAACUGUGAAGUAUUAAAUGUUUGUGUAAACAUGUUGUCGAGAUUCCACCAUUACCAUGGCUCGAAUAUAAUUUUAUUUGAAGAAAAUACGGUUGCUUACCGUAAAGCAAGCUUUGCUCAUGGCCUGACCUUCAGUGAAAAGCCUCUGCUUCCCGGGGAAAUAUUCUUAGUAGAGAUAGAAAAAACGGAGCGCGGAUGGAGCGGUCAUAUGCGGCUCGGUUUGACCCUGUUAGAUCCUCAGACCGCAGCUCUUGGUGAUAAAGGUCUGCCACAGUAUGCUUUGCCCGAUCUAGCGAAUACUGGAAUGUCAUGGAUAUUCCCUAUCUCGAAAUCGCAGAACAAUGUUCUCAUUGAGCUUGUGAAUCAGGGUGCUAGUGGAAGACGAGAGAGUGAGCCUCGCGUCUCCGUGCUGGGGGAUGGCCAUAGUGUUAGGACUCCCCGUGGUUACAUUUCAAAGAGUAUCCUAAAGCCACAAAUACCUACCCAGAAUGGGACACCGCAAGGCAUUCUACCAAUGGAUGCAGGCAGCCGCAUUGGUGUGAUGUUUGUUCCGUGUCCUAAAACGAGCCGGGACGAGAAUGAUAUGGCCGAAAUGCACUUUAUAAUCAAUGGUGAAGACCAGGGACCUUGUACGAAAACUAUUCCUUACAAAAGAGGCCCUUUGCAUGCUGUUGUUGAUGUUUAUGGGACUACCAAGCAAGUUAAGAUAGUUCAACUUUAUGGAGUGAAAACGCUACAGAAUGUGUGCAGGGAUGCAAUCCUACAAUACGUCAAGGACAAACCUAGUUCAGUGAAAGCGUUACCUUUGCCAAAAUGUUUGAAGGACUUUCUACUCUCUUAGACGUUUUAAGUCCGGGUUACGGAGAUGACAAUAAUCAAGUGAGUGGACCUCAUGAAUUGUAAUCUUUUUGAAUGGUUGAGUGAUAUUUUAACAGUAAGGCUGGUUUUAGAAUCACGCUGACGCACGCUGACCGUCAGCGCUGAGAGUCGAAAUGUAUGAAGCGUCGGCGCCAAACGAUCAGCGUCAAUCAGGAACGUUCCCUUC